UGACACCAGUGUGACUUGGUGUGUACACUGAAAUCCAUCAUGGUUGGGAAGAAGCCAUCCACACCUGCUUAUUCCUCAAGGAAAUCUCCUGGAGAACCUGCCUUGGCUCAGAGACUGCGAAGGAACAUAUCACCCAAAAAUUUGGAUUUAACUGCAGGCCUAUCAUGGCGUGAGGAGAGGGAGUUGAAUAAAGCAUUAUAUGCCUCCUUACAAGAGACUAAAAAACUUGCCAUCAAAUCUGAGCUAGAGUCAGAUCCCCCAUUGGUACCUGCAAACAGUAUCCCAAGACGAAACCUCUUGAACAGAGUGUUGCCAAGACGUCAGUCUCCCAGAGCCAGUAAACCUGCUGCACCUUCAAAGUCAAGUGCAGCAACAAUGCAGAGUCCAUCUCUUCCUCCUCCAGCGGACAAAAAGCUCAAGUCUCACCACAGCAUUGCAGGAGAUGAGAGUAGUCAGGACUCCAUGCGAUCAUCAACCACCAGUUGUUCUAACGAUGAUUCCAAAGGCAGGACAAAAGUGAGAGCUCAAAGAAAAUUUGCCCAGAUGCAUGCCUAUGGUAACACUAUGGUCCCAUCACAGCACACACCUGUUAAACACACCAGCAAGACCUCCUCACCCAUCAAAGUCUUCCCGAAGCGAGCCAAGACUGAAGAUUUCCUCACUUUCCUCUGUCUGAGAGGAACACAGGCCCUUCCUCCGCACCUGGACUUUUUCAAUUUCUCCCGAGACGAGGGUGACACUAGCCUGCCACCAACACCACCUAAUCGAGGUCGAGCUUUUGUGCGUGAGAGUUCUCCUUCUUCCAGCAGUACUAGUUGUAGUAAUGUACCCGAUGAUGUGGCAGACUCUCCAGCACCACUGGUUAUGCCACCAAGUGGUCGUGUCACCCCAAGCAGGAAAGCUGCACGUGCAUGUGCAGGCACUCCAGAGACUGCCAGGGGAUUGGCAAGUUUUCCAACCCGACAAGGUCAAAGGUCACGGGCAACUUCGAAGAGAAGAAAUGCAUCACCUGCAGUCACCCCUGCAAAGUGUACUCGAUCCUAUAGAAAUGGAACACCUUCCCCUGUGAAGGGGACACGAGGUAAAGCAAGUCCUGGCAAGAUGACUGAUGCAGAGCGUCUGUGUAUCAAGAGAAAGGCCAUUGCAACUUUGACCUCUUCAAAACUUUCACCAAACCAAAAAAACAGGCGUAAGUCACUGUUUAUAGAUCAGUCAGGAGUGGACGACAAACCAGGAAAUCAACGACAGACCAAGGUAACUGAUGUUUGGGACUCGAGUAGUGUAGUGACUGGUACUAACAGCUGUGGUGAAGAAUCGAGAGAUGGUGAAGGGAUGAAAACUAAAGGACAACGAGAAAAGAACAGACGAACAACAAAACCAACUCCAGAAAAAAUCAUUCAAAAGGGGAGGCAACUCAGUAACGCUAAUAUUGUAAAGAAAAAGAAGAAAUUUAAACCAGCUACUAAAUUUAUUGCACACAGACUUCCUCAGAGAAAAGCAAAACUACGUUGGAACAGUUGUUACCUUGAAGAUGAUGAAUUUGAUCAUGAGGUCAGCUUUGUGUUUAAACAAUCCCCAGAAUCGUAUACAAAUAGGAAACGUAAAUCAGAGCUAGACUCUGAAGGCCCUUCCAGUAGUGCACCUUUAAAGAAAACUAGACUGCAGAAGGUGGAAAAAAAAUCUCAAAAGGCCAAAACUCAUGGAAAAAUUCAAUUACGUCAAGUGAAGAGAAAAGUGAAAACAGAGAAGACAGAGAAUACAAAAGUUUUAGGACAAAAGAAUACUCAAGUAGAAUGUGAUAGUUCAUCUGGGGUUCAUACACGAUCAGGAAUUGUGUUGAGAGCAGAGGGGUGUGUGGAGGAGUCUACUAUCCCAGCCGUCAGUCCAGCUACUGCUGGGAACAAUAAAGGAGUUAUUGAAUCCAGCAAGAAACGAUCUCAAAUCAAACAGAAAAAUAUAAAGGAUGAUGUGAAAUAUAAAAUAGAUCAGAAAAAGAAAUUUGAAUCAUUAUCUCCAACUGAGAAACGGAGAAAACUUUUAGUGAAAGGAGAAAAGGACUCUAAAACAGACAUUUUGAUGUCAGAUUCAGUCAAGCAAGGAUCUCGAAAUUCAGGGUCUGAUUCUGUGAAACAAAAGCGGAAACCCUCAGUGAAGAAAAGGCUGAAAGACAACCUGUCGGUUGACAAGGAAGUGAAACAAGAGCCUUUUCCUGGGCCAGGGCAGCCUGCCAGACUUGUUGAGGCUCCUACAUUUUACCCUAAUGAGGAAGAAUUCUCUGAUCCUAUCAAGUACAUACAGUCUGUCACAAUGGUAGCAGAACCGUAUGGAAUGUGCAAGAUCGUCCCACCACAAAGUUGGAAGUCCGAUAGUAAGAUCAGUGAAGAAUUGCGGUUCACCACACAAAAGCAGUAUAUUCACAAGUUGUAUGAUAGGUUUGGACCCAAUGUGUGUCAACUUAAAGCUAUACAGAAGCAUCUUGACUCUCAUGGUGUGUCAGAGCCAUUUCCAGUCAUUGGAGGUGUAGAGGUGGACAUCUGUAAAUUUUCAGCUGUUAUUCAACACUUGGGAGGCAUGCAGAGUGUUAUUGAAAAGAAGAAAUUAUUGAAAGUUGCAGACAUCAUAGGAAUUCCUAAAUCAGCACAAGAUAGGGGAACUAAACUUUACGAUGCUUACUGUAAGUUCCUUGUCUCUUAUGAUAUGUUGUCUGCAGACAAGAAGCGUAAACUUGAGGAGGAGGUAACAGAAAUGAGGAAAACUAGAAAAGAUAAGACGGAAGAGGAGUGUGUGAUGAAGGGAAAAAACAUGUCCUUGGUAAUGUUCAACAGAGCUGCACGGAACAUCGGUGGGGCAUGGCUGCGAGACUCUUCUUCCAACUCCACUGACAAUGUAGAGAAAGAGUACUGGAAUAUAGUGAAAGGCAGGAAAUCCCAUGUUGUUGUACAUGGUGGUCAUAUAGAUACUCAGGCUCACAGCUGUAACACAUUCUCUUCCAAAAAGGAUAAUCACCACUGCAGCCAUCCAUGGAAUCUCAACAACCUCCCCCACAGUCCUGGCUCUCUGCUGCGUUAUCUUGGACAUGUGUCUGGAGUGACUGUACCUACACUUCACAUGGGGAUGGCCUUCACUACCUCCUGCUGGUCAACUGACAUUCAUAGACUGCCUUAUGUCCAGUAUCUACACACAGAGGCAGACACGAUCUGGUAUGCUGUGCCUGGACAGAUAGAAGAGACCUUUAAAUCUGCUAUGAGAAGUCUUGUACCUACAUUGGUGAAUGAUGACCCUCACUGGCUGCGGGAGGACACAGUCAUGGUGGAUCCAGAUGAUCUCACAGCUAAUGGUGUAGCGGUCAGUAGGUGUAUCCAGAGACCUGGUCAGUUUGUCAUAGUGUUCCCACGCUGUUACACAUCAACAAUCAGCUGUGGCUAUUCCCUGGCUGAGUCCGUCCACUAUGCAACACCAAGUUGGUUAGAGGCUGGGCAUAGAGCCACAAAGGCAUUGAAUGAUAGUUUUGAAACUGAAAUGUUUUCCAUGGACGAGUUGUUGACAAGGAUAGCAGAAGAUCCGACAACUCCUGUUGGUGUCCUGGCAUCAAUGUUACCAUGGUUACAGAAAGUCAUUGAUCGAGAGCUUAAUAACCGACAGCAGUUGUUUGAUGCAGGACUUAAGUCAUCCAAGCGUAUGUGUACCAGCGGAAAUCUACCGCACGCCUCUUCAAGGGGGGCAUGUCAGGUGGAGGAAAUCAUAACAACAUGUGACGUGUCAAAGAAGAUCUGCUACCUGUCAUUGGUUUUGAAUGAAGUUGAUGACCUGGCUUUCUCAUUAGAACAUGGAUUAUCUCAUGUGCAGAAAAAACGCAACAUAAGGUCGUGUAAACUGAUGUACCGACAUACAGAGGAGGAACUUAAGAAACUAUUAAGAGAUGUGAAGGAACGACUCAAUACUCAACACAUCAGUACUGGCUUGAACGAAUCUGCAGAGGGAAGCUCACCACGCAGGAAACAGCCCCGCAAAGUGGAGCACAAGAGCUGAUACAAACAGAAUGACAGAAAAAAAUAAUUUUUGUUUGUUAUGAUUAGUUCAGCAUUGUUAUCAUCGACCUUGUGUACAGUGAAACAUCCAGUCUGGAUGCAAAGUUAAAACUCAUCACAACUAAAGAGGUUUAAUAGUGUUAAAAAGUUAAGUUACCGCAUUGAUACCAAAAACUGUUUCCUAUUUUACUUUUUUUUCUCUUGAAUUUUGUUAAUGAACCAAUGCUAAUCCAUUAAGACCUUAACUAGAAGUGUGUUGCUGAACUGAUGUCAACACAUCAAGAUCUUAAGCUGAGGUGUGUUGCUGAAAUGAUGUGAACACUUUAAGACCUUAAGCUGAGGUGUGUUGCUGAAAUGAUGUGAACACUUUAAGACCUUAAACUGGAGUGUGUUGCUGAAAUGAUGUUAACACUUUAAGACCUUAAGUUGGGGUAUGUUGCUGAAAUGAUGUUAACACUUUAAGACUUUAAACUGGAGUGUGUUGCUGAAGUGAUGUUAACACUUUAAGACUUUAAACUGGAGUGUGUUGUGUAACCUGAUAUUUCUGUAUGCCAAUAAUGGCAUUGUUAUUGAUAAUGAGACUGAAAUCCUUCAUGAUUAAUGUGUGAGACGUCAGAUAGAAUAUGGUGUUAUUUAUUUAACAAUUUGUUGAAACGUGAUUUUUGUAUAAAUCUAAGAAAUAUGUCUAUCAAACCUACAUGUAAUAUUAGUAAAACACUUUCUUGAUUGUAAAUAUCAACUAUCUGUACUCCGAAGAUAGCCUCCAUUACACUGAAAACUGUACCUGGUUUAUAAAUCAUGGAUUUAACUACAUCUGUGUGCUGGAUGCUGUGAUUUGUUGCUUAAAACUUCUACUAAUAUUCUAAUAAUAGCGGAAUACUUAAAAACAAAGAACACUUUACAGUGGACUUGGAUGAUUGAGUAACUGUUAAACUAGUUGAUUUUGAGGGAUUCUGUUUGUUCUGUUUGUCACUCUUUUCAUGGUUGGAAUAGAAUUGUGCAACCCCC